AUGAUGCUACGGAUAGGGCAGCAUCUUUCGCUUCCUGUUGAAUCGCUUGCGUGGAAAUGUGGGGCUGGGAACAAUGCUCGUCGUAUUUCACAAGUUCUGAUGCUGUCAAGGUUUUGCCGACAGGACCAGCACUAUAACGCGGUUUGUCGGUUUUCCUCAAGUCUUUCUGGCAAAGCGAAUGAUUCCUUCAGUGGAAAAAGAACAUCACUCGACAGUGGAAGAUAUAAAUUUAAAACAAUUCCAAACGCAUUAUGUGUUGGGAGGAUUGUAGCAACUCCUAUGGUCGGUUACCUUGUGGUGCAGCACGAGUUUCCAAUCGCAUUUGGUUUGUUUAUUGCCGCUGGGAUUACUGAUUUGCUGGAUGGGCUAAUUGCUCGCAACAUCCCAGGACAAAAGUCAUUGUUUGGCUCUGUGCUAGAUCCGAUCGCGGACAAGUUGCUUGUCAGUGUGAUGUUCAUCACGAUGAGCUAUGCAGCACUUAUCCCAUGGCAACUGACGGCGGUCGUUUUGCUGCGAGAUAUAUGUUUGCUUGUGGGUGGAUUUUACAAGAGAUAUCGGUCGAUGGAACCCCCGUAUACGGUCCAACGAUAUUUCAAUCCUGAAGUGUCUUCGAUGCAAGUCGUACCCUCCACAAUGAGUAAGAUAAAUACAAUCCUUCAACUUUCUGUCAUAGCGUGCUCUUUAUCCAUACCUGUAUUCAGUCUCGGUGAGUUCAGUUCGCAGACCGCCGCUGGACUAUGCUGGGUCACCGCAUUCACUACUAUAUACUCUGGUUUACAGUAUGCUAGUGGUCGUGCAUUUAAGAAAAUUUGA